AUGACAUCCUCUUCUUCACCCGUUCUUGGAUUUCAGGCGCAAAAUGAGAUGUUCCAACGGGAUGCUCGGGUGGGUACAAAACCUGAAGCAGACUGUGUAGUGUUAGAACAUCAAGCUAAAUGUGCAAAUACUUCUGGUGAAGUAUUGUCUUUUACACCAGCUGCAAUAUCUGUCCCGCAUUCAGCAUCCAUGACUCAAAAGCCGUUGUCAAAGCGUGAACUUGGACAAGUAAUAAACCAGCAAAAUUCUCACCAUGAAACCAGUCGUCCACGUGUUGUUAUGGAAGCACCCUUUGCUGAUGGCUAUAACUGGAGAAAGUAUGGCCAGAAGCCAGUGAAGGGUUCAAAAAAUUCAAGAAGCUACUAUAGAUGUGUCCAUUCUAGUUGCGAUGCCAAGAAGAAGGUUCAGCAUUGCGAACAAUCUGGUCGUGUUGUUGAUGUUGUUUAUAUAGGUGACCAUAAUCAUGACCCCCUCAAAGGAAAUGCAUCAGGCCAAAUUGUAGAUCCUUCAGUUCAAAAGCUAGAUGGGUCGGAUAUUUCUGUCUGUUCGGCAGAUGGCAGGCAUUCAUCUCUGCAUGUGCCUGAAUCAGAACAACAGAGUUCAAGCAGUUCUAACGGAAAUCCAGGAGCUAGGAUAGAAGAGAAAAACGGUGACGAGUCAGAGUCAAAACAAUGCUUUGGUUCAAGGGCAGUGGGAUCCCAACAAAAUGGCUCCUGUGGGAUUGCAGGUUCUGAGGUUCGGGAGAAGCAUAGUGCUGAACCAAGGCUGAAAAUAAGGCAUGUCCUUUGUGGAAUUUGGUUGAAAGAAAGAAGUGCGGAAUAUUCAGUUCCUGUCUUGAAAACUUCUGAGCCUGAAAUUGUUGUGCACACUGUUUCUGAUGAGGGAAGCUCAAAGGAUGGCUAUCGAUGGCGCAAGUAUGGUCAGAAGAUGUUGAAGGGGAAUUCAUUUUUGAGGAGCUAUUACAGAUGCACAUCUUCAGCAUGCCCUGCUCGUAAGCAUGUUGAGAGGGCCACGGAUGAUGCGACUUCUACCACAAUAACAUACGAAGGGAAACAUGACCAUGAUAUGCCAGCACCUAAGAAAACACAUGGUUCAGAAAGUCGUCUUAUUUUCCCAGCUGCUUCCGCGGACAAUGCCUGCUGCAAGAAAAACAGAAGCUUAUCUAGUCGAAGGCCUUCAAGCAGGUGCACAGUGGAGAGUGAAGUAGAUUUAAUGGGUGAGAAGAUCAUGGAGCUUGGAGGUGAAGAGGCAUUAGAAUCAGCUCAAACUCUUCUCAGCAUUGGAAGUGAACUCAGGCCUUGCUGA